AUGUCUCCAGUCGUUGAGUCGCAGCCGGCGCAGCAAAACCUGGCCGAAAGCUCAAAAGACAACGAAGUCGUCUCCUCGGAAGAAGGCAGCGCCAGUGCCAACACUCCACAGAAAAAGGGCCGCUCCCUUCUCCACGUCCCUUCGCGUUCGUCCUCACAGAAGAUCCAGGCAUCGCCAACGUCGACCGGUCUGAGUGGUGCCACUGCCAGUGAAUCGCGCGAAAGCAUUGACGGCAAGUCUCGUGAAUCCAAGAGCAGCUUCGUCGGUCGGCAGCCACCCAACGGCAGCGCGUCGAGCAGGCAUUCAGGCAACGGCAACGGCACCGACCCGACCAACACUCCCAUCGACUCGCAGCCCAGCUCUCCCGCCGUGGCACCCUCUCCGAAGCGGAAGAAGGGCGGCGGCUUCUUGGCCAUUUUCGGCUGCUGCUCCGCGCCCGACGAUGCGAACGCCCUCGACGGCGACGACCCUCCUCUCCCUGCCAGCAAGCUGAAGGACAUCCCCCCACGCCCGGCCGUCGCCGCCCGGAGGACGGCCGUUCCCAUUGAACACCCCCCGACCAGUGCCGUUCCCGAGCUAUCUGAAAAGGACGAACCUGCCGAGGAAACCCGUCAGCUAGAGGAGAAGUACCAGCCCCAGCCACAACCUCACUAUCCGUCACAGCCGCAACCACAGCAAUCACAACCCCUAGCGAGCACAUCAGCCGCUAUCGCAUCAUCAGCCGGGCCGCAGCGAGAAUCGGAAACUGCCUCGCUUGAAAACAACACCCCGACGACUGCCUCGACUGUCGUUGCAGGCACACUGAACCGCGAUUCGGACUCGAAGCGAGCAUCCCUUACCGGUUCGGGCAGCGUGGCACCAACCGUCACAGUUGAACCGCUACUCCAUCCCGAGGUCAAGGAAUCACCUGUUGUUGACGAGGCGGUCGAGGAGGUCGUGCCGCGUUCCUCCGAAGACGACAAUGCUGAGAUGUCUGAAGUAGAUGAUGUCGCUCCAUCUACACAGCAUGUGGAUGAAGACGUGAUCACUCAGGUUCCCGAGGUGCUUCCUAGCGUGCCACCCCCACCGCCAGGCCCGGCACCUGUCGCGUCAGUACAGGCUGGCAACACCGAUCUGUCAACCAUGGAGCCGGCUAUCGAGUACACGCAGCCAACGGCCCUGUUACCCCCUAUUGAGCCGCAUCUGAAGGGCAGGAAGUGCUUAGUGCUAGAUCUGGAUGAGACCCUGGUGCACAGUUCUUUUAAGAUACUCCACCAGGCCGACUUCACCAUCCCGGUCGAGAUCGAAGGCAGCUACCACAACAUCUACGUGAUCAAGCGGCCAGGUGUCGACCAGUUCAUGAAGAGAGUUGGUGAACUGUACGAAGUCGUCGUCUUCACGGCAUCGGUAUCAAAAUACGGCAACCCACUGCUGGACCAGCUGGACAUUCACAAGGUUGUCCACCACAGACUCUUCCGGGAGAGCUGCUUCAACCACCAGGGCAACUAUGUUAAGGAUCUGUCCAUGGUUGGCCGGGACUUGAAGGAUACGAUUAUCAUCGAUAACUCGCCUACUUCCUACAUAUUCCACCCACAGCACGCCGUGCCCAUUAGCAGCUGGUUCUCCGAUGCACACGACAACGAACUGCUUGACCUGAUUCCUGUUCUGGAAGACCUCGCUGGUCCUACUGUUCAGGAUGUCAGCCUGGUCCUAGAUGUUACUCUUUAA